GGAAGUGCCGGCCGCAGCGCCGCGACGAGCGGCCGCCUGCCUGUGCGGGGUGUCGCGGUGCGCGGAGGCGCAGUACUCAGGACUCCUCCUGACUUGGUGCUGGGAUGGGACCACUCUCAGUAGUUUUCCAGGAAUCUCGUGCUGGGAAUUAAACUCAGUGGUGUACAGAAGAGAUGAAAUGUGGUCUGAGGAACGAUAUGACUAUGAAAGAGUUCCAAGAGAACGAGUACCUCCUCGAAGUCACCCUGGUGAUGGCUACCAUAGGGUAGUUAAUAUUGUGCCAAAGAAACCACCACUGCUAGAGAGACCUGGUGAAGGAAGCUACAAUAGAUAUUACAGUCACGUUGAUUACCGAGAAUACGACGAGGGCCGCAGUUUUUCUCAUGAUCGAAGAAGCGGUCCGCCUCACAGAGGAGAUGAAUCUGGCUAUAGGUGGACAAGAGAUGAUCAUUCUGCAAGCCGACAACCUGAAUACAGGGACAUGAGAGAUGGCUUCAGAAGAAAAGGUUUCUACUCUUCCCAUUAUGUGAGAGACCGAUCUCCUCAUAAGAGAGACACUUCUUUUUUCAGAGAAUCACCUGUAGGCCGAAAAGAUUCUCCACAUAGCAGAUCUGGCUCCAGUGUCAGUAGUAGAAGCUAUUCUCCAGAAAGAAGCAAAACGUACUCUUUCCAUCAAUCUCAACAUAGAAAGUCCAUGCGUGAUGGUGCCUCCUACAAACGACAGAAUGAAGGAAAGCCAGAACGAGGUAAAGAGAGACCUAUUCAGUCUUUGAAAACAUCAAGAGACACCUCACCCUCAAGUUCUUUAGCAGUUCCUUCAUCAAAGGUGUCAGACAAACCCAAUAGGCUAACUGAAAAGGAACUUGCUGAAGCUGCUAGCAAGUGGGCUACUGAAAAGCUUGAUAAGGCAGAUGAGAGUAACCUACCUGACAUUUCUGAGUAUGAGGCAGGACCCGCAGCACCAUUGUUUGUUGAUCAACCAGAAGAACCUGAUUCAAACGCAGCAGAUGGCAUAGAGUUGUUUGAGGACAGUCAACUCUCCAUUCGCUCUAAAGCAAUAGCAUCAAAAACCAAAGAAAUUGAGCAGGUUUACCGACAAGAUUGUGAAACUUUCGGAAUGGUUGUGAAAAUGCUAAUUGAAAAAGAUCCUUCAUUAGAAAAGUCUAUACAGUUUGCACUGAGACAAAAUUUGCAUGAAAUAGGUGAGCGCUGUGUUGAAGAACUCAAGCAUUUUAUUGCAGAAUAUGACACCUCCAGUCAGGAUUUUGGAGAGCCUUUUUAGAUUACUUGCUUAGGAAAGAAAAGUUUUUACGUCCCUCCACCCAAUUCUGUAAAUCCCUAAUAUAUGGAAUUUUUGUGAUGAAGAGAUAUACUUUAUGAUAGUUGGCCACAUUUCCAAUAUCAAAUAAACAUCUAAAAUAGCCUGUUUAAAAUAUUUUAAUUAGCUUUUUGAAAUCUACAUAGAGAUCCUUCUAAUACAUACUUAAAACUGCCCUUUCCUGCUAAAAUGAUGGGUCAAUUAGUUUUUUAAGCUUUGAAAAAGGAGUUCUGGAGAACAAUUUUCUGUCUUGAUCAUGUUCUACAGUCUUCUUUAGUAUAAGAUCAUAUAUUUGGUCACUUAGUAUUAAUUUAUAGGUAAGAGAUCAUUCCAUUUAAACAUUUAUAGUUUUUCUGCAUUUUAUAGUCAAUCAUACUUUGUAAAAAUGUUAGAAUUCUGAAUUGUGAUUUUUUACUUUUGUUCACUUAAGUUUUGUAUCUUUUAAAAUGCUAAGUAUACUCUCCAAAUAGACUGAAUACUUUGUUAGAUAAUAUUUGCGUUGAGAAUGAUUCCCACUGUUAGAAAAUAGAGCACUUAGGUUUCUAGAAGACACCUUAUGUAAAAUUAUUAUUUUCCAUCAACCCAGUUGUGUUCUAUUAAAAUAAUCCUAAAACUUUUGACAUAUGCAUGAAUCUUAAGUAACAUCAUAUACAUGACUAAGAGAAGGAGCAAUUUGAGAUGAAAGAUGAAGUCUGUUUUAUAGUUGAGAUACCUUUUUUAAAAAAUGUAAUUGAAGUGAAAAAUUAGAGAUGAGGGAAUAAGGGAAUUUAAUUUUUCCAUAGCUUGUAUCCCUAAACUCAUGAAAAUACUUCCAUGAUUAAUUUACAGAUCAUGCCUUUGUUAAUCUCUAGUAGUGUAGCAUCUGCUAUAGAAACUAGUGUAACAAAAAUUUUUGUUGUUCUUCUUUUUUAAAGAGUUCUUAGCCCUUGAAAAGAUUUCUUGAAAGAAAUAAAGUAAAGCAGGCAGUAAGCAGAGCACAACUGUCCUCAAUAAGCAGUCUCUGUAAACAUCCCUCAUGGGAGGUCAUCUACAUCAUGGCUAGUUAAAAGACCAGCUGAGAUGAUUAGGAUAUUCCACUCCCACUCAUUUCCUCAUCACUUCUAACUUCCCAGUGGCAUUUGUCCAAAAUAAAUAAUUUGUGGCAUUAUUAAACCUUCAAAAUCAUGAUUUAUGCCUACCCAAUUUCAUUACCCUCCCCAUCUUUCCAUUUUUUUUCCCACUUGAAUUAUGGUAUUAUUAUUAUUUUUUUUCUUUUUGGGUCACACCCAGCUAUGCUCAGGGGUUACUCCUGGUUCUGCACUUAGGAAUUACUUCUGGUAGUGCUCAGGGGACCAUAUGGGAUGCUGGGAAUCGAACCCAGAUCGGCCGCAUGCAAGGCAAAUCCCCUACCCACUGUGCUAUCACUCCAGUCCCGAAUUAUGAUAUUAUUUUGAGUAAUCUCUAUUGAUAAUACUUAAAGAACUACACCAGAGUAGAUAAAUCAUAUCAAAAAUAGAAAUUCUUUUUUGAGAUCAUCUUGAUUUUUUUCUUAUUGAGUCUUAUAUAUAAGCCAAAACUAAACUCCACUGUCAUCUCUGAUUUUCCUCUAUUAAAAUUAAUUUUGUUAUCCACUUCAGAAAAAACCAAGUACCAAUCAUGUUUCUCCCCUGCUCAUGUAUAUUUUUUCUUUAUCUUAAAUAUUCCACUUUCAGAAUUCACUUCCUUAGUCCAGUUGUCACAAAUUUUUUUUUAAAAAAAAAAGAUGCACUACCAUUCAGGCAAAAGAGCUAUCUGAUUGGUCAAAGUUAAUUUCACUAAAGAAGUUUUACUCACGAAUGGAUUUAAAUGUAGGUUUAACAGAUAACUUUUUCAUCUUCCUUUCCCAAACUUAUAUCCAAUAUUUAACAUCGUUUAUAGCUUGUCAUCACCAUUAUUCUGGUAGAGUUGUCAGUGUUGUUUUGUAAUUUUUAAAAAAAUGCUUUUCAGAGUCUAAUUUUGGGAUCAACUCAGAUAUGUUAGCAGAGUUUGUAUUUUCCAACAUGUUCUUGAUUAAUGAAGUUUGUUUGUAAAUUAUCUGUUCUUUUUGAGUAUGCCCAAAUUGAUAUGAUAAACUUCAUUGUCUUUCCAUAAAGCCUUGAUGAUCAACAGGGGGAAAAACAGUUAUUGUAAUGCUAUUUGUGAGUUUUGAAAAUACGAAAUAAAGCAACCAGUUUUAAAA